AUGACUGUGGACCCGGACUCUCGCUGUGGACCCGGACUCUCGCUGUGGACCCGGACUCUUGCUGUGGACCCGGACUCUCGCUGCAGACCCGGACUCUUGCUGUGGACCCGGACCCUCGCUGUGGACCCGGACUCUCGCUGUGGACCCGGACUCUUGCUGUGGACCCGGACUCUCGCUGCAGACCCGGACUCUUGCUGUGGACCCGGACCCUCGCUGUGGACCCGGACUCUCGCUGCGGACCCGGACUCUCGCUGCAGACCCGGACCCUCGCUGCAGACCCGGACUCUCGCUACCCGGACUCUGGCUGUGAACCCGGACUCUCGCUGUGAACCCGGACUCUCGCUGCGGACCCGGACUCUCGCUGUGAACCCGGACUCUCGCUGCGGACCCGGACUCUCGCUGCGGACCCGGACUCUCGCUGUGAACCCGGACUCUCGCUGCAGACCCGGACUCUCGCUGCGGACCCGGACUCUCGCUGUGAACCCGGACUCUCGCUGCGGACCCGGACUCUCGCUGCAGACCCGGACUCUCGCUGCAGACCCGGACUCUCGCUGCAGACCCGGACUCUCGCUGCAGACCCGGACUCUCGCUGCAGACCCGGACUAUCAGAGAAUGGAUGAAUGGACAGAGAACGGCCUGUUGUGA